AUGAUUAGUGACUCAAGCAACGGGUUAGGAUUUCGUAUCUCCACCAGACUACGCAACUCUGUAGACAGCAGGCCUCUCCAGCUCUCUACUUCUACUCACUGGAUCCAUUACGCACGUCGGAGUGCGAUUUCAAGAGGUUCCGGAUCGUGGAAGUAUAAAUGGAUACUUCAAUUCUGGUGGCGCCCUGGUAAGGUUUGUGAGUUGUUUGAGGAGCAUAGUCGGGAGUACUAG